GCAAUGUGGUAACGACCAGAGAAUCUGUUUUUGUGAUGUUGUUUGGUGCAUUUCCUACAUUACAACAGUGGCUACGCUUCAAAAAGUGCCUUAGUGACUGUAUUUACAGCCGUGGGACGUCCUGAGGUUAUAAGUGGCACCAUAAACAAUCGAAUCUUUGCUUCCUUCCUCAUCCACGCUGGGCGAUUGGCCGCAUUUUCAGCCUUGAGAGUGAUGUGAGCCUCAGCAUUUGGCCAUUUCUACACCAUUCAAACAGGCGGAGCUGCGAGUAGAAAUGAGGGAGACACACAUUGAAACCGGUCACACUUCUCUUCAAGCAGGAAGACAGACUGUCCCUCCUCCAGUCUAAAGGAAAAAAACUGAUGGAGAUUAAAAUGUCAUUCUGCUGGAAUAUUUUUGAGCAUAUGUGAAGGCUUCUGUGACAAUGACUGUUUGGGAUAUGGAGAUCCCAGAGAAGAAACUAUUUGAAGAUAAUGACUUCCCUGCUUCUAGCACGUCUCUUUUUUCAAGUUACUCUACACCCAUUGCCAAAUUUAGAGGUAAAAUUACUUGGCUACGACCACAGGAAAUUUCCAGUUCUCCUCGGUUGUUUCCAGAAAACCCACAGGAUGGAUACAUCAAACAAGGCCUUUUGGGAGAUUGCUGGUUUUUGUGUGCUUGUGAAGCUUUGCACAAGAACAGAUUACUGUUGGACAAGGUGAUACCUUCAGGUCAGGACUCAUGGAUACAAUCUGGAUGUUUAAGAUGCAGAUUUUGGAAGUUUGGACAUUGGGUUGAAGUCAUGAUAGAUGAUCGGUUACCAUGUAUUGGUCACAGGCUCUGCUUUUCUCGUUGUCGCUCUGAAGAAGUGUUUUGGUUGCCGUUAUUGGAAAAGGCAUAUGCCAAGUAUUUAUAUGUUUUUCAAAGACUGCAUGGAUGCUAUGAACAGCUGUGGGCUGGUCAAGUUUGCGAAGCUCUAGUGGAUGUCACAGGAGGCCUGGCUGACAGAUGGUCUCUGAAGAGUUAUAAACAAAGCAAUGAAAAAAAUGCUCGCUUCUGCUUUUCUGAAAGAUCAAAGUUUGAAUUGAUGAAGGAUUUAAAUGAUAAGAGCUUUAUUAGUUGCUCUGUUCAUGGGUCAGCUAAAGGAUCCAGUGAGCGUGCAGAAUUUCAUGCCUUCAGUAUUACUGAUGUGAAGCAAAUUAGUGGACUCAAAGGCAAUUAUGUCAGUUUGCUGAAGAUAAGAAAUAUAUGGGAUAGACAAUGUUGGAAUGGCUCCUGGCAGGAAGGGGGUGAUGGUUGGAAGAAAUUGGACCCUGCUAUCGCUACACUACUGCAGUCCACGGCAGAGGAGGGGGAGUUCUGGGUGGAGGAGCAUGAGUUUUUCAGGGAUUUUGAUGAGGUAACGGUGGGUUACCCAGUAAAUAUGGAGGGACACAUCCUCAGUCUUUUAACAGGUAAAAGUUUGUGCCAUGCACGGCAACUUUCAGGAGAAUGGGUCAAAGGUCAAUCUGCAGGUGGUUGCCGUAACAACAGCAGUUUUUGUAGCAACCCCAAAUUUUGGCUGAGAAUUCUGGAUCCAGGUGAAGUCGUUAUCGCAAUUUUACAAAUGAGACACGAUUCCAGCAGCAAAAAUGGCAAAGCUUUUUGGUCAGAGAAUGCUGCUGUGCAUUGUCAAAAUAAUGAAGAAUGGCUCACCACUGAUAUCCUCCAUCAGAAACGUUACCGAGCAAUAGGACUACAUGUAUGGAAGGUGGAGAAGAAACGAUUUAAUUUGCAGAAAACUGUUGCCAAAGCACCAACCAUUUCAACAGAAUGCCAUACAUAUGACAGGGAAGUGAAACUGCACUGUGAUCUAACACCUGGCUACUAUCUUGUCAUCCCCAGUACAUUCAUGAAAGAUGAAGAUGGACAUUUUCUACUACGUGCUUUUUCAACAUCUAAAAUUUCAUUGAGUGUAGUGAAAGCAGCUCAUCCACUUACACAGUUUGAGGAGAAUUCUGAAGGGGAGUGGGAGAUAAUGCAGUUCACAGAUUCAUGGAUCAAUGGAAAGAGUGCAGGUGGAAGCAGGAACUUCCCAACAUACAACACUAAUCCACAUUUGCCAUUCUCAAUCCUGUCUGAUACUGGUGCUGGGAAUGUUAGAAUCACACUCUGCCAGGAAAAUUUUGAUGGACAGUUUCUGCCAAUAGGAUUUCAUGUUUAUCAGGUACACAGUGGUAAAAACUUGAAUCAAGCAUCCCCUCAGCUUCUCGAGCCUGUGGUGACUUGUGUGCCUCAUCGCUACACACAGGAAAUGACUCAACUUUGCACUCUACCAACAGGGAAUUAUGAGAUCAUUCCUUCUACAUACCUGCCCAACAGUGAGGCACAAUUUACAGUCACUGUAGAAACCAAAAUAGACAGGAAGCCAUUCCAGUGUCAGGAGAUCUUAGGACAAACAGUCAAUGAGGUUUCCUAUACCUCAGUGAUGCAAAGGUAGAACACCAACACAAAGUCCUUCAAAACGCCUGCCUGAAAACAAUAAGAAAAUUAAUCAGAAGAGAGUCAAUCUGGAGGCAUUCACUCUGUACAAUUUGCACAUCACAAAACCCGACCCUCUUGGCACUAAUAAAAUGUGACAGGGCUCGUCAUUGUAAAUAAGCAACUCUGCUUUAAGCAGACUGGCGAUGUGCUUGAUGUGCAGCAGCAAGAACAAAAGCUGCCUCAGAAUGGACGCUACUUCAAAGAGCCAGCAGCUCUGCACACAGUAAUGGACAAAGAGCUGAUCAGUCUCCUGCUGCUUUGAUGUUAUUGAAGGCAAAUGAGAAUGACAUUUAAAUUCAGUUUGUACUUUCAGCACACACCGUAUUAGACAGUUCACUGAAUUUUAAAGGUCUGAUUCUGUUCUGCUUAUGUUGUGACCUCCUAUGGGCUGGAUUUUUCCAUCAUUUUAAAAACAAAACUGGAACUUAGGCUGCUGUUCACUGAUGUCAUUAUUUUUCUCCUAAUUUGUUUGACAAAGGACUGUACUAAGGUAGAAUAUUAACCAAGGGUACAGUCCCUUUUAGUGCAUGAGCAACUUUGCAUUUUUUUCUCAGUGAGUAAAUCCUGAGUUGCAGCUAGAGACAGAUUAAUAACAAAAUAUUAUAUCUGAUAUUUUUAAUUCAGUAUUGACCAUACAGUAAGAAUAUUUGGGUUUGUUCCAUAGAAUAUUGGGCAUGUGACCUCCUGCACAAUACUACAUUUCUGAAUAAUAUAUCAGCUGAACUGGUGCACACUUAAUACUUGCAAACAGUGUAAUAAAGAAAUGGUUUGCACUGGUACAGGUUUGAUAUGGUUACUUGCUUGGUGCGGAGUUCUAACUUACUUUGAUACAGUUUUGGUGCUUUUAUAUGCCAAUCUUGAGCUAGCUUUAUGGCGUACUUUAAAUCAUUGUGAAGUCAGGCUGUAUACUAGAAUAGUAACCUUUAAACUAGAAACUUGGAAAUUUCAAUUAGAAAUUGCCUAUUAAUAACAAGUGAGUACUUCAAAAUGCUAGCCUGAAUAGGAUGCACUGUACAACUACCAAGCGUUGGCUUAAGUUUAACCUUGCUGCACUUGUCAGGCCAAAACUUUUGAUCUAUUAAAGUGAAUGGGAGGAAAAUUGUGGGCCGGAGAGCACAUAGGUGGAAAAAUCAUGUUUUUUCCCUGAAUCAUCAUAAUAUUUCUAACAAUUUUGUAGAAACUAUAUUAGAAAAAAUAUUGUCCCCUUCUUAUAAUAAAAGGUACAGAGGUUCUGUUAUUCUAAUUAAUGAUGUAAGGCAUUAGCUCAUCUCAUCUAUUCCUAACACAAUGAAUAAUAUUUUUCCUUACUCCUAGUUCAGGGAUGUUAGUUAGCUAGCUAGAGGAUGUUAUGGAUAGAUACAUUUUACACACUGAAAACUGAACAAACUUCAGUGAAUUUUUAUUGGAGAAAGUUGCGUUUGUUCCUGUGCAAAAAUUUGAAUGCCUUUUCCUUUACAGACUGAAUCAUAAGUUGUUGUAAUGCACUGGUCUAGAUUUCUCUCUCAGUUGUAAUUUUAUAUUAGAUCAUAUUUAUUAAACAAUCUUCUAGAAUACA